UGAGGUAUAGGCCUAUAACGGAAUACGGAUGGAUAGUAAAUUAAUAUUUUAGAACAUUAGAAGUGUCAUCUUCAUCUUGUUAACCUGUGGUGGUUCGUAGAGUGUAUCUAUUAGCCUAUCCAUCUAAAAGGUUACACCUAAGAUCUGCAAGUUGACACUGUUGACAGUUGAUGCUGCGGUCAUCAUUUAAGAAACUAGUAAUCCAAUCCAAGUCGUGCUUGCCAUCAUCAGUAACCUUCAAGAAAAUGGGUGCAGAUUGUAAAAGUAGCGAAGCUCAAUCAGAAGAUCACUCAAAGCGUCCAUUAAGAGUGUCAAUAGAAGGAAACAUUGGUUGUGGGAAAUCCACUCUUAUAAACUAUUUCAAGAAGUUUUCUGAGGUUGACUCACGUCCCGAGCCUCUAGAUUCCUGGAAAAACGUACAAGGACAUAAUCUGUUGAUGUUGACAUACGCUGAGCCUCAACGCUGGAAUUUCACUUUCCAGCAUUACGUUCAACUGAGUCGACUCAGUCUUCAGGUUCUGGAGUCGGAACACAAGAUCCAGAUAUUUGAACGAUCUCUUCAAAAUAACAGGUACUGCUUUGUGGAAAUGGCCCAUAAAGCCGGUUUGUUGGCAGAUCCUGACUAUGUAGCAAUGUGUGAGUGGUAUGACUGGAUUGAAAACAAUCUCGAUAUCGGUCUUGAUCUUAUUGUAUACUUGCGUAGUGACCCUGUGGUAGUGUAUGAGCGUAUGCAACGUAGAGGCAGACCAGAGGAGAGUCCUGUCAGUCUGCAGUAUUUGACAGAUCUACACAACAGCUACGAGCGUUGGUUGGUGGACUGUGAUCCGUCUUCGUUACCUGCACCUGUUUUGGUUGUUGACGUUAAUAACGAUCUCCCUACAGUACAGGCGAUGUACAAGACGGUAGAGCAGUACAUCUUGGGCCGCAAAGCUAUUCCAAACACAGGCUAUGUGAAAGAGUUCGGCUGGGGAAUAGACAGGAUAGAAGAAGUUACAUGCUAAAACAUUUUCUCAGUACCAGUACCUAAGGUACUAUGUGGUCUCGCUUUUGUUAUAUCAGCGUAGUGCUAGUAGUAACGUCUUUUUAUGUGUGGUUAGAAAUAAGUUUAGUUUGUUCAAACAAACAAAAAUAUGACAAGCAAUGUUUUUUGUGCAAAAGAGAUAACAAUAUUUCUAAAUUUUGGAAUUUAAAAAGUCUAAUUUUUCAGUAGAACCUUGCUUCAGAAGAAACCCGUACUACAUUUGAGGUGAAAAUGAGAAAUUUAAAGUAGGAUUUAAUUUUACAUAAAAUUUGUUGACAACAAAGGAAAACUAAUACUUCAUGUUCCUCCCACUGGUAGCAGAUCACAGAUUACACAAUCUAAGGAAUAAUAUAAUCAGUUGUUCCAUCGUAAUCAGAUUCAAUUGAUGGUUUAGUUCGUUUCCUUGUUUUAUCCAAGCAAUUUGAAGCAGAAAAACCAAAUUCAUUCACGUUCAAAAAACAGGUUCAUUCCUUAAAUGACACUUUUAGCCUGUCUGUCAGCUAACAGUCAGUUUAUAUAAUUUCCCUAGUCUGUUUCCUGUAAAUGUUGAGUUAAAAUAAAAAUUUAUCCAGAAUUUGUUUACUGAGAAUGACAUUUGACUGUUAAUUUGAAGAAAAAAAAUAAUUCCCUUUAGUCUGAUGAUAACUGGAACAGGGUUCUACUAAAUAACAAUAGCUCUAAAAUUAGCUGAUCAACACAAUUUAUUCUGACUUAAAACUUGCAUUCCAAAAGACGAUGUUUAUAAAGGACUAGUUUGAAAGUGCCUACAAUACCUGAAAGGUACCAAACUUAAUUAGAUUAUACUGUAGUUACUCUUAUUAGGUAUCAACAAACUAUAUUAGAUUAUGUGAAAUAUAAAAUAUAGGCUUAAUUUUGUGUGUUUUUCAAUGUUAUCUAGGGAACAAAAUGUAAAAAUUAUCAAAUUGUGAGAUUUCUGAAAUUAUGUAUAUACACUUUGACAAACAGCAUUAAUGUAACUAAAAAUGUCCAAAUAAUUAUAAAUAACAUUAACAUUAUUGAUUUAUUGUUUCUGUGUAAAUUCAUGUUACCUAAAGUAUUUAUUUUUCAUUACUUUUACCAUUCAUGUUACCCAAGGUGUUUAUUUUAUUUGUCAUUCCAUUUACCAAAUUUCCCAUAAAACCCUGCAACUAUUUUUUAGAGAGUCAAACAUAAAUGAAACUCAAAGAAAACAAUUUUUCACAGGGUAAAAUCAUCAUUUUUAUCCUGGUAUCAUGUAUAGUCAAGAAUAGUCAAGUAUAGAGUAAGACUAAAUGUGAGAUCUGAGUAAGCAAUACAAUUGUUUGCUAUUUGCUACAAAUUAUUUUUAGCAUAAAUAUUACAAGAUGCUUCUGAAACAACAUAAUUUGUGCAAUAUUAAAAAUUACUAAAUACAAAGAUUAUAAAAUUUGAUUUUAAGGAGAUAGAUAAAUAUUUUUUCAAGUGUUUUUGUAAUAGUCGGACAAUAGUUAUAUAGCAAUAAUUUAAAAAAUUGUAAUUUUAGCUAAGUAAUAAUAAAUUUACAAUUUUUAUCUUAUUUGUUGUGCUUCUGUUAUGAAUGCUAUGAUUUCAUUCUUUUGCUAUAUUGAUUUUAUCUACAGACAACUUGGGAGAGAACAAUAAACAAGUAGGGUUAUAGCCACCUCUAAUACAAAGCCGCGUCGGUUGGGCUCUAAUACGCCGGCAUGCCUAAUGCGAUGGUAAUA